AUGGCGGCCUCUCUCGCGUGCCUGCAGGCGCGUAUCGACACCUUCGCCGCACCCGCCCCUUCCAAAUCCAGGCGCACGUCCUCCAAGUCGAAAAAGGCGCCCGCCAAGUCCAAGCACGUCUGGCCAUUGGCAGCCCCGUCCGCGCACGACCUCGCCUUUGCCGGCUUUGUUUGGAAACCGACGACUGCCAGCCCAGACAAUGUCCAGUGCUUCUCCUGCCAUUGCCAGCUCGAUGGCUGGGAGGAAAACGACGUCCCUGCUUAUGAACACCUCACACACUCGCCAAGCUGCGGGUUCGCCGUCGUCACAUGCAUCCGUCUGCGCACGGGAGACCCUGGCAGGAGCGAAGAGGAUCCCAUCUGCGAUGCCAUGAUGCAGGCGCGUCGCGACACAUUUGGCGACGCGUGGCCGCUCGACAGCAACGCCGGCUUCCCCAGCAUCGAGCAGCUGGUCGAGGCGGGCUGGUACUAUGACCCCACGCUCGACACUCCCGACGGCGCUACGUGUGCAUACUGCUCCCUGUCGCUGGACGCCUGGGAUGUCGGUGAUGACCCCAUGGAAGAGCACCGACGACGCGCGUCCGACUGUCUGUUCUUCGCACUCAAGGACCUGUACCAUCCUGCGCCAAAGCCUGCCACCAAGAAGGGCAAGCGCGCGUCCACACGCACAUCGUCCGCAAGCACAGCUUCCAAAGCACGGGGCAAGAAGCGGACUAGCGAGCAAAUUGACGACUCCCUCGUCAGCGUCUCGGAAAAGCCCACGCGCGGCAAGAAGCGCGCAAGCACGUUCAUCGACAACACAGUCGACCAUGUGGUUGAGAAACCCAGCCGCAGCAAGAAACGCGCAAGCACCCUGAUCGACAACACCGUUGACGACGUUGCUGAGAAGCCCACACGUAGCAGAAAGCGUGUAAGCGAGCAGAUUGACGACACAAUCGACCAUGUCAGGCCCAAAUCUACUCGUGCCAAGAAGGGCGCCAGCGAGCAAGUCGACACCACAACCGAAGAAAUCAUCGAGAAGCCCGCGCUUGUGCCCAAAGCGAAGAAGGCUGCGGCCAAAGCCAAGCCUGCAUCCACGCGCACAUCCACUGCAAGCGCAACCACAGAGUCACGCAGCAAGAAGCGCACGAGCGACCAGAUGGACGACACAGAAGCCGUCGAGACCACACCCAAGCGCAUAAGAUACAGCAGCAUCUCAAGCUUGCCCGAUUCUUUGCCCGCCGGUACGCCUAAGACGAUGCCCACAGAGCUUGCCGAAGCAGAGCCCAUGGAGAGGGAGUCUGUCGAAGCCGAGGCAACGGACUUGGAGGCCGACAUGUCCAGCUUGCCUGCGUCUCUCCUCGUGGGAACCCCUAAGAAGACACCGACGAGGACGAUGACGCCAGAACGUGGUCAGCAGACGGAGACGGAGACGUGGCAGCCUAUUGACAUGGAAGCAUUCUUCAGCAACCCGGAGGCGGUCCGUGGGUUCAUGAAUGACGUGGUUAUCGACGCCGGUCUUGACGCGGUCGUGGCGGCUGGAGCCAAAGCCGAGGAUCUUCAAGCUACCGUGCUGGGCGGCCUUACCAGGUCUGAGAAGGACAUGUCGGUGGAGCAAUGGGUGCUGUACAACGCCAAAAGGGGCGAGGAGAAGCUGAGGCAAGCAUGCGAGCAGCAGAUUCUGGCAUUUGAAGAGCAAGCGAUGCGCGCAAGGGCGGCUAUUGAGGGUUUGGCGACGUACUGA